ACACGCCUUUCCCAACUCCAACGGCCACCGACCGGGAACGAACCCAACCCAACCUCGCGAACAAAACCGAAGGAAGCGCCCCUCCCGUCGGGUCUGUGACUCUGUGGUGGCUCACCUUCCCCUCUCCCCCCCACCAUCGCGCCCCGCCGGCUCGCCGCCGCGAUGCCCGCGCCGACCGCUGAGCCGCCGCUCCCGGCCGCCUUCCUCUGCGUCCCUUCCCCGCCCCUACCCACCACCGCCUCCCCCGCCCUCCACUCCUCCCAUCAUGCCUCCCUCCUCACGCGGCCGCGUGGCGGGCCCCGCGCGCUCUCCGUCGCCAUGUUCGUCCCGGGACCCGCAUCCACCACGGCCGGGCGGCUCCACCGGAUGUGGGGCGAGUUCGCGAGGUUCGUGCGGCUGCACGGGAAUCAAAUCGCGCCGCUCGGGUUCGCGUCCCUCGGGCUGGGUUUGGGCGGCGGAGGGGGUAACACCGGCGGGGGAGGGGGAGGGGGUGGUGGGGAUGUGGAUGCGGUGGGCGAGGUGGAGGAGGCCGCGGUGCGAGCCGAGGCGCCGAAGAAGGUGCUGAUCCUGAUGAGCGACACGGGCGGCGGCCACCGCGCGUCCGCCGAGGCCAUCAAGGCCGCCUUCAUCCAGGAUUUCGGUGACGAUUACCAGGUAUUUGUCACAGAUUUAUGGACCGACCACACGCCAUGGCCAUUCAACCAACUGCCCAGGAGCUAUAGCUUCUUGGUGAAACAUGGACCCUUGUGGAAGAUGGCAUACUAUGGUUCUGCACCGCGUGUAGUUCAUCAGCCAAAUUUUGCUGCAACAUCCACAUUCAUAGCAAGAGAGGUUGCAAAAGGUCUAAUGAAGUACCAACCAGAUGUAAUUAUCAGUGUACAUCCUUUAAUGCAACAUGUGCCCCUUCGAAUUCUAAGGUCCAAAGGCUUGUUGGAUAAGAUCCCAUUCACUACUGUUAUCACAGAUCUCAGCACUUGUCACCCAACAUGGUUCCACAAGCUUGUCACUAGAUGUUACUGCCCAUCAGCUGAGGUGGAAAAGAGAGCACUAAAAGCUGGACUCAAGCCCUCACAGAUUAAAGUCUAUGGCCUCCCUGUCCGACCAUCUUUUGUCAAACCUGUUCAACCAAAGGAUGAACUGCGAAGAGAGUUAGGCAUGGAUGAAGAUCUGCCUGCUGUUUUAUUAAUGGGUGGGGGUGAAGGGAUGGGACCUAUUGAGGCCACUGCUAAAGCACUUGGUGAUACUCUGUAUGAUGAAAACCUAGGGGAACCCAUUGGUCAGAUACUUGUAAUAUGUGGACGUAAUAAGAAGCUGGCUAAUCGGUUGCAGUCGAUAAAUUGGAAAGUCCCACUUCAGGUGAAGGGUUUUGUUACACAGAUGGAAAAAUGUAUGGGUGCUUGUGAUUGUAUCAUUACGAAGGCAGGGCCUGGUACAAUCGCAGAAGCGAUGAUCCGUGGCUUGCCAAUUAUUUUAAAUGAUUAUAUAGCUGGGCAGGAAGCUGGCAAUGUUCCCUACAUUGUUGAAAAUGGAUGUGGGAAAUUCUCGAAAUCUCCAAAACAGAUUGCGAAGAUAGUCGCUGAUUGGUUCGGCCCAAGGUCAUAUGAGCUCAAAAUUAUGUCCCAGAAUGCCCUCAAACUAGCACGGCCAGAUGCCGUGUUCAAAAUUGUUCACGAUCUGCACGAGUUGGUCAGGCAAAAAUGUUCUGUACCCCAAUAUGCAUGCGCAACAUAAGAUCAGUACUGUUGUGAAGGCAAGGUCUGGCCUGGUUUGUAACUUGGCCACUUGGGAGUUCGGCGGGAAAGCUCAGCGGGUCUAGGAUCUCAGUCCCUCCCAAUGAAAUUUCCAAGGGCUUGUUUGGAAGGCGUGGGUUUUCUUCAGGUCACUACGGAAAUUAGGUCAUUUGCUCUCAUAUAUAAUUUGUGAAGCCACUGAAUCUGAUCCUCGAGAUUUGUGAUAAGAUAAGCUGGUCAAGUCAAACAUGGGAGCUCUGUUCACAUGCUUAUUUGACUGACACUUCCCUGCU